CAGACACACACACACACAAGUGCAUUCAAAAGUUUGAGACCACAGUGAAAAUAUGGAAUUCUAAAUCUAAUUUAUUCAGAGUCGUGUUUGCUCUGGUGUCCUCGUGAUGGCGCUGCUCGAUGCUGUAACGGUUUUAACGGUCAUCCAGCAGAGGGCGCGCUGCCCGCCGCACUCUCACCGCACGCUCAUCUGCAUAGCCCCGCCCUCUGAGUAUGUCAGCCAUCCAAUGAGAACGCGGCAGGAGACACCCGUUACACCCGCAUCAGAGCCGCCACCGCCGCCGCCUGAGAGCUUCAUCUGUCCGGUGAGAGGCUCCGAACCCGCGCCGAACCAUGACGGACGGCGAAGCCGAAGAUGAGAUCCAGUUCUUACGGACCGAUGAUGAGGUGGUCCUCCAGUGCUCCGCGAUGGUCCAUAAGGAGCAGCAGAAGCUCUGUCUGGCUGCCGAGGGCUUCGGGAACAGACUGUGUUUCCUCGAGUCCACGUCAAACUCAAAGAACGUUCCCCCGGAUCUGUCCAUAUGCACGUUUGUGCUGGAGCAGUCGCUGUCUGUACGAGCACUGCAGGAGAUGCUGGCUAACACCGAGGAGAGAGCGGAAGGGACGGCGCAGGGCGGAGGUCACCGGACGCUGCUCUACGGUCACGCGGUCUUACUGAGACACUCCUACAGCGGGAUGUAUCUGUGCUGUCUGUCUACGGCUCACUCAUCCACCGACAAACUAGCAUUUGACGUGGGGCUUCAGGAAGACACGACAGGUGAGCGCGUGUGGUGGACCAUCCACCCGGCGUCCAAGCAGAGGUCAGAGGGUGAGAAGGUGCGAGUGGGUGAUGACCUCAUCCUGGUCAGCGUGUCGUCUGAACGAUACCUGCACUUGUCGUAUGGUAACAGCAGUUUGCACGUGGACGCAGCUUUCCAGCAGACGCUCUGGAGCGUGGCUCCGAUCUGCUCCGGCAGUGAAGUGGCUCAGGGCUUCCUGAUUGGUGGAGAUGUUCUGCGGCUGCUGCAUGGUCACAUGGACGAGUGUUUGACCGUCCCGUCAGGAGAACACGGAGAGGAACAGCGCAGGACGGUGCAUUACGAGGGUGGAGCCGUGUCCAUCCACGCCAGAUCCCUCUGGAGGCUGGAGACGCUCCGAGUGGCGUGGAGCGGCAGUCACAUCCGCUGGGGUCAGCUGUUUCGGUUGCGUCACGUGACCACCGGGAAGUAUCUCAGCAUGAUGGACGAUCAAGGACUCCUGCUGAUGGACAAGGAGAAUGCGGACGUCAAAUCAACGGCUUUCUGCUUCCGUUCCUCAAAAGAGAAGCUGGACUUUGGCCUGAGGAAGGAGGUGGAUGGGAUGGGCGUCCCAGACAUCAAAUACGGCGACUCGGUCUGUUAUAUCCAGCAUGUGGACACUGGGCUCUGGCUCACGUACCAGUCUGUGGACGCCAAGUGUGCGCGAAUGGGCGGAGUUCAGAGGAAGGCCAUCAUGCAUCAUGAGGGUCACAUGGAUGACGGUUUGACGCUCUCACGAUCACAACACGAGGAGUCACGCACCGCUAGAGUCAUUCGCAGCACGGUUUUCCUCUUCAACCGCUUCAUCAGGGGUCUAGACACUCUGAGUAAGAAGGGAAAGACAUCCACCCUCGAUCUGCCCAUCGAAUCAGUCAGUCUGAGUCUUGAGGAUCUGAUCGGAUACUUCCAGCCGCCCGACGAACACCUGGAGCACGAGGACAAACAGAACCGCCUGCGAGCGCUCAAGAGCAGACAGAACCUCUUCCAGGAGGAGGGAAUGAUCAACCUGGUGCUGGAGUGUAUCGAUCGUCUGCAUGUGUACAGCAGUGCGGCUCAUUUUGCAGACGUGGCCGGUAAAGAGGCUGGAGAAUCCUGGAAGUCCAUCCUGAACUCCCUCUACGAGCUCCUGGCUGCUCUGAUCAGAGGAAACAGGAAGAAUUGUGCUCAGUUUUCCGGCUCUCUGGAUUGGCUGAUCAGUCGUCUGGAGAGGCUGGAAGCGUCGUCUGGGAUUCUGGAGGUUCUGCACUGUGUUCUGGUGGAGAGUCCGGAAGCUCUAAACAUCAUUAAAGAGGGACACAUCAAAUCCAUCAUCUCACUGCUGGACAAACACGGACGCAACCACAAGGUGCUGGAUGUCCUGUGUUCUCUGUGUGUGUGUCACGGUGUGGCAGUUCGCUCCAAUCAGCACCUGAUCUGUGAUAACCUGCUGCCUGGCAGAGACCUGCUGCUGCAGACGCGACUCGUCAAUCACGUCAGCAGCAUGAGGCCCAACAUCUUCCUGGGCGUGAGUGAAGGCUCCGCCCAGUACAGGAAGUGGUAUUAUGAGCUGAUCGUGGACCACGUGGAGGCGUUCGUGACGGCCGAAGCCACUCACCUGCGGGUGGGCUGGGCCUCAACACAGGGCUACGGGCCGUAUCCGGGCGGAGGAGAGGGCUGGGGCGGGAACGGCGUCGGGGACGACCUCUACUCAUACUGCUUUGAUGGACUACACCUGUGGGCAGGUUGCGUGGCGCGUUCGGUCAGCUCACCCAAUCAGCACGUGCUGCGGGCUGAGGAUGUGGUCAGCUGCUGUCUGGAUCUUAGCGCUCCCAGCAUCUCCUUCCGCAUCAACGGCCAGCCGGUCCAGGGAAUGUUUGAGAACUUCAACUCAGACGGACUCUUCUUCCCCGUCGUGUCCUUCUCCUCUGGAGUCAAAGUGCGCUACCUGUUGGGCGGUCGUCAUGGAGAGUUCAAGUUCCUGCCUCCAUCUGGUUACGCUCCAUGUUUUGAGGCCGUUUUACCACGAGAGAAGCUGCGUGUGGAGCACAGUCAGGAGUACAAACAUGAUCAUGGGAGAACACGCGACCUCCUGGGACCCACAGUCACACUGUCACAGGCGGCCUUCACUCCAACACCGGUGGACACCAGUCAGAUCGUGUUGCCUCCACAUCUUGAGCGGAUCCGGGAGAAGCUGGCAGAAAACAUCCAUGAGCUGUGGGUGAUGAACAAGAUUGAGUUGGGAUGGACCUACGGAGCGGUGAGAGAUGAUAAUAAACGGCAGCAUCCGUGUCUGGUGGAGUUCUCCAGACUUCCUGAACAAGAGCGCAGCUACAACCUACAGAUGUCUCAGGAGACGCUCAAGACUCUUCUGGCGUUGGGCUGUCAUGUUGGAGUGGCGGACGAACGAGCCGCAGAGAAAGUAAAAAAUCUGAAGCUUUCAGCAAAAUACCAGCUGUCCAGCGGGUAUAAACCGGCCCCGAUGGACCUGAUCCACAUCAAACUGGCGUCUACCCAGGAGGCCAUGGUGGACAAGCUAGCAGAGAACGCUCACAACGUCUGGGCGCGAGACCGCAUACGACAGGGCUGGACCUACGGCGUCCAGCAGGACAUCAAGAGCAAGAGAAACCCUCGUCUGGUUCCUUACGUUCUUCUGGACGAGAGAACCAAGAAAUCAAACAAGGACAGUCUGCGGGAAGCCGUGCGGACGCUGCUGGGAUACGGAUUCAACCUGGAGGCCCCGGAUCAAGACCACGCGGCCCGAGCAGACGUGUGUAAUCCGUCUGCGGAGCGCUUCCGGAUAUUCCGAGCGGAGAAGACCUACAGCGUGAACGGAGGGAAGUGGUACUUUGAGCUGGAGGUGGUGACGGCGGGAGAGAUGCGGGUGGGCUGGGCGAGACCCGGCUGUCUGCCGGACCUGGAGCUGGGCUCAGACGACCAGGCCUUCGUCUUUGAUGGAUUCAAGGCUCAGCGCUGGCAUCAGGGCAACGAGCACUUCGGCCGCUCCUGGCAGUCUGGAGACGUGGUGGGCUGCAUGGUGGACAUGAACGAACGCACCAUGAUGUUCACGCUCAACGGAGAGGUGCUGCUGGACGACUCCGGCUCUGAACUCGCCUUCAAAGACUUCGAAGUUUGGGAAGGUUUCAUCCCGGUCUGUAGUCUGGGCGUGUGUCAGGUGGGCCGUAUGAACUUUGGGAAGAACGUGAGCACGCUGAAGUACUUCACCAUCUGCGGGCUGCAGGAGGGCUACGAACCCUUCGCCGUCAACAUGAACCGCGAUCUGACCAUGUGGAUCAGCAAACGGCUGCCUCAGUUCAUCCCCGUCCCGCUCAACCACGAGCACAUCGAGGUCACACGGAUCGACGGGACGGUGGAGAGCCCGCCAUGCCUAAAGGUCACCCAGAGGUCGUUCGGCUCACAGAACAGUAGCACAGACAUCAUGUUCUAUCGUCUCAGCAUGCCCAUCGAGUGCUCGGAGGCGUUUCUGCGCUCAGCCAGCGGCAGCUUCUUCUCUCCCAAGAGAGAUCUGGAGGACUUCGAGACGGUGUCGGACUUCGAGGUCCUGAUGAAGACGCCACACAGUCAUGUGAGCUCGAACGGACCCGACAGAGAGCGAGACGAGUUCAACAACCACAAGGAUCAUAAUCAGGAGAAACCCUCCAAAAUCAAGCAGAGGUUCAUGUUGAAAAGAACAAAGCCUGAAAUGACCAGCAGUAACUCCAGCGCUCGUCUGUCAGAGGAGGUUUUGGCUGAUGAGAGAGACGACUGUGAGAAUCUCAUACAGACAUCAGCGUAUUAUUACUCGGUGAGGAUCUUCCCCGGCCAGGAGCCAUCCAGCGUGUGGGUCGGCUGGGUGACCUCAGACUUUCAUCAGCACGACCCGGCCUUUGAGCUCAGCACGGUCCGAAUGGUCACCGUUACCCUGGGAGACGAGAAGGGCAAAGUUCAUGAGAGCAUCAAGCGCAGUAACUGCUACAUGGUUUGGGGCGGCGAGUGCAGCAAUCCCAGUCAGGGCCGCAGUAAUAACGGGCUGGAGAUCGGGUGUUUGGUUGAUACAGCCAACGGCCUCCUCACCUUCACCUCCAACGGCAAAGAGCUCAGCACCUUCUACCAGGUGGAGCCCAGUACUAAACUUUUCCCUGCAGUGUUUGCGCAAGCAACCAGUCCAAACGUCUUUCAGUUCGAACUGGGACGCAUCAAGGUGAGCUUAUCCUGUUCUUCCAUGCACUUGGCGAAUAUGAUGAUGUUGAGUUUGAAUGAGAUGUUGUGUGUCGCUCCUGUCAGGUCUCUGGAUAUCCUGGAGCUGACGGAGCAGAGAGAGCUGUUGAAGUUUCACUACCACACGCUGUGCUUGUAUUCGGCCAUCUGUGCUCUGGGGAACAACCGUGUGGCUCACGCGCUCUGCAGUCAUGUAGACGAGGCGCAGCUCCUCUACGCCAUCCAGAACAAAUACAUGCCGGGCCUGCUGCGCACCGGAUACUACGACCUGCUGAUCGACAUCCACCUGAGCAGCUACGCCACCGCGCGCCUCAUGAUGAACUCCGAGUACAUCGUGCCCAUGACGCCCGAGACCAAGAGCAUCACGCUCUUCCCCGACGAGAAGAAGAAGCACGGGCUGCCGGGGAUCGGCCUGAGCACCUCUCUGCAGCCGCGCAUGCGCUUCUCGUCGCCCAGCUUCGUGGGCGCCGUCGGCGGUCACCACAGUAACGGCGCGGUCGCCGGGGGCGACUGUUUCCAGUUCAGCCCCGAGUUCCCGCUGGAGGCGCUGAAGAGCCGCACGAUGGAGAUGCUGACGGAGGCGGUGCGGGAGGGAAGCUUGCACGUGCGCGACCCCGUGGGCGGCAGCACCGAGUUCCUGUUCGUCCCGCUCAUUAAACUCUUCUACACGCUCCUGAUCAUGGGCAUCUUCCACAACGGAGACCUGAAGACCAUCCUGCAGCUGAUCGAGCCCAGCGUCUUCUCGCAGGACUCCGGGGUGGAGAGCGGAGGCGGGGCGCCGGAGGCGGAGGAUGACUGUGGGCGGGGCCAACUGGAGGGGGGCGGGGCCGAGGAGCACGGCCUGAGAGGAAAGAUGCCCAAAGAAGGACUUCUGCAGAUGAAGCUUCCUGAACCCGUCAAACUGCAGAUGUGUCACCUGCUGCAGUACCUGUGCGACUGUCAGGUGCGUCACCGCAUCGAGGCUGUGGUCGCCUUCUCCGACGACUUUGUGGCGAAUCUUCAGGAGAACCAGCGUUUCCGCUAUAAUGAAGUGAUGCAGGCGCUGAACAUGUCUGCCGCUCUGACGGCACGCAAAACCAAAGAGUUCCGCUCUCCUCCGCAGGAACAGAUCAACAUGCUGCUGAAUUUUAAGGAUGAGAAGCAGGACUGUCCGUGUCCAGAGGACAUCCGUGAACAGCUGCUGGACUUCCAUGAAGAUCUGAUGACACACUGUGGCAUUGAGACAGAUGAUGAUAAAUCAGGAGAUGGAGAUGAUUUCACCAUCAGGGGUCGUCUGAUGUUUCUGGUGGAGAAGGUGACCUACCUGAAGAAGAAAAUGACUGAAAUACCAAAGAAGAAGAAAUCAAAGAAACCCAGCACCUUGCAGCAGCUGAUCUCGGAGACGAUGGUGCGCUGGGCUCAGGAGUCGGUCAUCGAGGAUCCCGAGCUGGUGCGGGCCAUGUUCGUGUUGCUCCACCGGCAGUACGACGGCAUCGGCGGCCAGGUGCGAGCGCUGCCCAAGACCUACACCAUCAACGCCGUCUCGGUGGAGGACACCAUCAACCUGCUGGCGUCUCUGGGUCAGAUCCGCUCUCUGCUCAGCGUCAGGAUGGGCCGCGAGGAGGAGAAGCUCAUGAUUCAUGGGCUCAGUGACAUCAUGAAUAACAAGGUGUUCUACCAGCAUCCGAACCUGAUGAGAGCGCUCGGCAUGCACGAGACCGUCAUGGAGGUGAUGGUGAACGUCCUGGGUGCAGGAGAGUCCAAGGAAAUCACGUUUCCUAAGAUGGUGGCCAACUGCUGUCGGUUCCUGUGCUACUUCUGUCGGAUCAGCCGUCAGAAUCAGAAGGCCAUGUUUGAUCAUCUGAGCUACCUGCUGGAGAACAGCAGCGUGGGCCUCGCGUCUCCGUCUAUGCGAGGUUCCACUCCUCUGGAUGUGGCCGCCGCGUCUGUGAUGGAUAAUGAUGAACUGGCUCUGGCGCGUGUGGUCCAGUAUCUGGCGGGCUGUGGUCUCCAGAGCUGCGUGAUGCUGAUGUCCAGAGGAUAUCCUGACAUCGGCUGGAACCCGGUGGAGGGUGAACGGUACCUGGACUUCCUCCGGUUCGCGGUCUUCUGUAAUGGUGAGAGUGUGGAGGAGAAUGCUAACGUGGUGGUGCGUCUCCUGAUUCGCCGGCCCGAGUGUUUUGGCCCCGCCCUGCGCGGAGAAGGCGGGAACGGGCUGCUGGCGGCGAUGGAGGACGCCAUAAAGAUCUCAGAAGAUCCCAGUAGAGACGGACCGUCUCCCACCACAGAGGAGAGCCGGACACUUAAUGACAUCAUGGAGGAAGAGGAAGACGACACCAUUCACAUGGGAAACGCCAUCAUGACCUUCUACGCCGCUCUGAUCGAUCUGUUGGGCCGCUGCGCUCCAGAGAUGCACCUGAUCCACGCGGGGAAGGGAGAGGCCAUCCGUAUCCGAGCCAUCCUGCGCUCGCUCAUUCCCAUUGAGGAUCUGGUGGGAGUGAUCAGCAUCCCGUUCCUGAUGCCCACGCUGGCCAAAGACGGUUCUGUGAUCGAGCCGGACAUGUCAGCGGGAUUCUGUCCUGAUCACAAAGCGGCCAUGGUUCUGUUCCUGGACCGCGUUUACGGCAUCGAGGACCAGAACUUCCUCCUGCACCUGCUGGAAGUGGGCUUUCUUCCUGACCUCAGAGCCGCCGCCUCAUUGGACACGGUGGCUCUGAGCGCGACAGACAUGGCGCUGGCUCUGAACCGGUACCUGUGCACGGCGGUCCUGCCGCUGCUCACUAAAUGCGCUCCUCUGUUCGCCGGGACGGAGCCGUUCGCGUCUCUCAUCGACUCUCUGCUGCACACCGUCUACAGGCUGUCGAAAGGCUGCUGUCUCACCAAAGCGCAGAGAGACGCCAUCGAGGAGUGUCUGCUGGCUGUGUGCGGUAAACUGCGUCCCUCGAUGAUGCAGCAUCUGCUGAGGCGUCUGGUGUUUGACGUUCCUUUGCUAAACGAACACACUAAGAUGCCUCUGAAGCUCCUGACCAAUCACUACGAGCGCUGCUGGAAGUACUACUGUCUCUCCGGAGGAUGGGGAAGCUUCGGCGCCGCGUCAGACGAGGAGCUGCAUCUGUCCAGAAAGCUCUUCUGGGGGAUCUUUGACGCUCUGGCCAGAAAGAAAUAUGAGGUGGAGUUGUUCAAGCUGGCGCUGCCGUGUCUGAGCGCGGUGGGCGGAGCUUUACCUCCCGAUUACAUGGAGUCAAACUACAUGGCCAUGAUGGAGAAACCGUCGUCUAUGGACGCCGAGGGAAACUUCAACCCGCAGCCCGCCGACACCAGCAGUGUUGUUGUUCCUGAGAAACUCGAUCAUUUCAUCAAUAAAUAUGCAGAAUACUCCCAUGAGAAAUGGUCCAUGGAGAAGUUUGCCGUCGGCUGGGUUUAUGGAGAGCAGAUGUGUGAAUCAUCUAAAGUUCAUCCGCUGCUCAAGCCUUACAAAUGUCUGUCUGAGAAGGAUAAGGAGGUGUACCGCUGGCCAAUCAGAGAGAGUCUGAAGACGAUGCUGUCGUGGGGCUGGAGCAUCGAGCGGAUGAGAGAGAGCGACGCGUCCACAUUACACAACCGCACGCGCCGGAUCUCUCUGUCCAGUCAGCGCUCCAUAGAGGGCGCUCACGGUUUCAGCCCGCGGCCCGUCGACAUGAGCAACGUGACGCUGUCCAGAGACCUGCAUACGAUGGCGGAGCUGCUGGCCGAGAACUAUCACAACAUUUGGGCUCAGAAGAAAAAACUGGAGCUGGAAUCCAAAGGAGGAGGCAGUCAUCCAUUACUGGUUCCUUACGACACUUUAACUGCCAAAGAGAAAUCGAAAGACCGAGAGAAAGCACAAGACAUCCUCAAGUUCUUUCAGAUCAACGGAUACAGCGUCUCAAGGGCUAUGAAAGAACAGGAUCUGGAUGCUCCGUCCAUAGAGAAACGCUUCGCCUACACAUUUCUGCAGCAGCUGAUCACGUAUGUGGAUGAAGCUCACGCACACAUGCUGGAGUACGAUGCUGGAAUUCGACCGAAAGGAGAGAAAAUCCCCCACGAGCAGCAGGUCAAAUUCUUCGGGAAGGUUGUGCUGCCGCUGGUGGACCAGUACUUCAAAAACCAUCGGCUCUACUUCCUGUCCACCGCCGUUCGACCAAUCAGCAGCGGCGGCCACGCCUCCAAUAAAGAGAAGGAGAUGGUGACCAGCCUGUUCUGUAAACUGGCCGUUCUGGUGCGGCACCGGAUCUCACUGUUUGGGAAUGAUGCCACGUCCAUCGUGAACUGCCUGCACAUCCUGGGACAGACGCUGGACGCCAGGACCGUGAUGAAAACCGGCCAGGACUCUGUCAAAGCAGCUCUGAGGGCGUUUUUUGACAACGCAGCAGAAGAUCUGGAGAAGACGAUGGAGAACCUGCGGCAGGGUCAGUUCACACACGCGCACACGCAGCCCAAAGGAGUCACACAGAUCAUAAACUACACGACCAUCGCUCUGCUGCCUGUCCUCUCAUCGCUGUUCGAACACAUCGGACAGAACCUGUUCGGAGAGGAUCUCAUACUGGAUGAUGUCCAGGUUUCCUGCUAUCGGAUUCUGAACAGUUUGUACUCACUUGGAACCAGUAAAAGUAUUUAUGUUGAGAGGCAGCGUCCGGCUCUCGGCGAGUGUCUGGCUGCGUUUUCGGGUGCGUUUCCUGUGGCCUUCCUGGAGCCCAGUCUGAACAGACACAACACUUUCUCCAUAUACAACUGCAAAAGCUCCCGAGAACGAGCAGCGCUGGGUCUCCCCACUCAGGUGCAGGAGGUGUGUGCUCUAGUGCCGUCUCUGGAGCGAGCGCUGGAGGAGAUCAUGGAGCUGGCCGAGUCUGGCAUGCGUUACACACAGAUGCCUCACGUGAUGGAGGUGCUGCUGCCCAUGCUGUGCAGCUACAUGUCUCACUGGUGGGAACACGGACCCGAGAGCAUCCCGGAGCGCGCCGAGAGCUGCUGCACCUCGCUGACCUCCGAACACAUGAACACGCUGCUGGGAAACAUCCUCAAGAUCAUCUACAACAACCUGGGCAUCGACGAGGGAGCCUGGAUGAAGAGACUCGCAGUGUUUUCUCAGCCCAUCAUCGGUAAAGCCAAGUCUCAGCUGCUGAAGACUCACUUCCUGCCGCUGAUGGAGAAGCUGAAGAAGAAGGCGGCGACGGUGCUGCAGGAUGAGGAGCAGAUGAAGGCGGAGGGCCGAGGCGAGAUGUCCGAGUCUGAGCUCCUCAUUCUGGACGAGUUUACCGUCCUGGUGCGAGACCUGUACGCCUUCUACCCGCUGCUCAUACGCUUCGUCGACUACAACAGAGCAAAGUGGCUGAAGGAGCCGAACACUGAGGCAGAGGAGUUAUUCCGUAUGGUGGCCGAAGUCUUUAUAUUCUGGGCCAAAUCACAUAACUUUAAAAGAGAAGAGCAGAACUUUGUGGUUCAGAAUGAAAUCAACAACAUGUCCUUCCUCAUAACUGAUACCAAAUCCAAGAUGUCCAAGGGAGCCGUGUCGGAUCAGGAGAGGAAGAAGAUGAAGAAGCGCGGUGACCGAUAUUCCCUCCAGACGUCUCUGAUCGUCGCUGCUCUCAAGCGCUUACUUCCUGUGGGACUGAACAUCUGCGCGCCGGGAGACCAGGAGCUGAUCGGACUCGCCAAGAGCCGCUUCACACAGAAAGACACUGAGGACGAGGUGCGAGAGACCAUACGGAACAACCUCCACCUGCAGGGAAAGCUGGAGGAUCCUGCGAUCCGCUGGCAGAUGGCGCUGUAUAAAGACAUGCCCAACCGCAGCGAGGACACGUCUGACCCCGAGAAGACCGUCUACAGAGUGCUGAACAUCGCACAUGUGCUCUUCCACCUCGAUCAGGUCGAACAUCCUCAGCGCAGUAAGAAGGCCGUGUGGCACAAGCUGCUGUCUAAACAGAGGAAGAGAGCCGUAGUGGCCUGUUUCAGGAUGGCGCCGCUUUACAACCUGCCCAGGCACAGAGCCGUGAACCUGUUCCUCCAGGGUUAUGAGAAGUCCUGGAUCGAGACAGAAGAGCAUUAUUUUGAGGACAAGCUGAUUGAGGAUUUGGCCAAACCGGGUGGAGAGGAGCCGUCGGAGGAGGACGAGAUGACCAAACACAUCGACCCGUUACACCAGCUCAUACAACUGUUCAGCAGAACCGCGCUGACCGAGAAAUGUAAACUCGAGGAGGACAAUCUCUACAUGGCUUACGCUGAUAUCAUGGCUAAGAGCUGUCAUGAUGAAGAGGAGGAGGAUGAAGAGGAGGUCAAGAGUUUUGAGGAGAAAGAGAUGGAGAAGCAGAAGCUGCUGUAUCAGCAGGCCCGACUGCACGACCGCGGCGCGGCUGAGAUGGUGCUGCAGACCAUCAGCGCCAGCAAAGGAGAGAUGGGGCCGAUGGUGGCCUCCACACUGAAGCUGGGCAUCGCUAUACUCAACGGAGGAAACUCAACCGUCCAGCAGAAAAUGCUGGACUACCUGAAGGACAAACGGGACGUGGGGUUUUUCCAGAGUCUGGCGGGACUGAUGCAGUCGUGCAGUGUUCUGGAUCUCAACGCCUUCGAGAGGCAGAAUAAAGCUGAAGGUCUCGGGAUGGUGACGGAGGAAGGAUCAGGUGAGAAGGUCAUGCAAGACGACGAGUUCACCUGUGACCUCUUCCGCUUCCUGCAGCUGCUCUGUGAGGGACACAACUCCGACUUUCAGAACUACCUGAGAACACAGACGGGGAACAACACGACGGUCAACAUCAUCAUCUCCACCGUGGAUUACCUGCUCCGAGUCCAGGAGUCCAUCAGUGAUUUCUACUGGUACUACUCUGGGAAAGAGGUCAUCGAUGAACAAGGCCAGCGCAACUUCUCCAAAGCAAUCAAUGUAGCCAAACAAGUCUUCAACACGCUCACAGAGUACAUUCAGGGCCCUUGUACGGGGAAUCAGCAGAGUCUGGCUCACAGCCGUCUGUGGGACGCAGUUGUUGGUUUCUUGCACGUUUUCGCACAUAUGCAGAUGAAGCUGUCUCAGGAUUCAAGCCAAAUCGAGCUGCUGAAGGAGCUCAUGGAUCUUCAGAAGGAUAUGGUCGUGAUGCUCUUGUCCAUGCUGGAAGGAAAUGUUGUGAACGGCACCAUUGGAAAGCAGAUGGUGGACAUGUUGGUGGAGUCCUCAAACAACGUGGAGAUGAUUCUGAAGUUCUUCGACAUGUUCCUCAAACUGAAAGAUCUGACGUCGUCAGACGCCUUCAAAGAGUACGACCCCGACAGCAAAGGCGUCAUCUCCAAGAGGGACUUCCACAAGGCCAUGGAGAGCCAUAAACAUUACACCCAAUCCGAGACCGAGUUCCUGCUCUCCUGCGCCGAAACCGACGAAAACGAGCUCUUGGAUUAUGAAGAGUUCGUCGAACGCUUCCACGAACCAGCCAAGGACAUCGGCUUCAACGUGGCUGUCCUUCUAACCAACCUCUCGGAGCACAUGCCCCACGACUCACGUCUCCAGACCUUCCUGGAGCUAGCCGAGAGCGUGCUAAACUACUUCCAGCCCUACCUAGGCCGCAUCGAGAUCAUGGGCAGCGCUAAACGGAUCGAGCGCGUCUACUUCGAGAUCAGCGAGUCCAGCCGCACUCAAUGGGAGAAGCCGCAGGUCAAAGAGUCCAAACGCCAGUUCAUUUUCGACGUGGUGAACGAAGGCGGCGAGAAGGAGAAGAUGGAGCUCUUUGUUAACUUCUGCGAAGACACCAUCUUCGAGAUGCAGCUGGCGGCGCAGAUGUCCGACGCCGGCGAGCGCUCGGCCAGCAAAGAGGACAGCGAGAGAGAGAAACCCGAGGAGGAGAGUCCCGAGAUGGGCUUCUUCUCCAUCACCACCGUACGAACGGCUCUGUUUGCCUUACGAUACAACGUGAUGCUCUUAAUGAAAGUGCUGUCUAUGAAGAGCCUGAAGAAGCAGGUGAAGAAAGCCAAGAAGAUGACGGUGAAGGACAUGGUGACCACACUGGUGUCUUUCUAUUGGAGCGUGCUGCUGGGACUCCUGCACUUCGCCUUCAGCGUCGCUCGAGGAUUCUUCCGGAUCGUUUACAACAGCUUUCUCGGAGGCAGUCUGGUGGAGGACGCCAAGACCAUGAAGGUGUCGGAGCUCCUGGCUAACAUGCCUGAUCCGACUCAAGACGAGGUGAGAGGAGAAAUGGAGGAGAGCGAGAAGAAACCCACGGACAGAACCUCACCCGAGGAAGACCUGGCCGAUCUGACGGUGGCCGCAGACGACACCGACCUCCUGUCCGAUAUAUUCGGUUUGGACCUGAAAAGAGAAGGAGGGCAGUACAAACUGAUGCCUCACAAUCCGAACGCUAGCCUCACGGAUCUGCUCAACACACCCAUCCCUCCUCCGCCUGCACCCUCGCCAGACCUCCGCAGGAGACACCAGACGAAGGGCUCUUCAUCCUCAGCAGACAACAGUGAAGCUGCGGAGGAGACCAAAUCCGUGCCUGAGAAAGCCGAAGGGGAAAACGGAGAGAAAGCACAGAAGAAGAAGGAGGAAGCGGUGAAGAGGAAGGUCAGACAGCACCAUGAGCCUGAUCUGCAGGAGUCGGCCUUCUGGAAGAAGAUCAUCGCUUACCAACGCAAGCUGUUGAACUACUUUGCACGAAAUUUCUACAACAUGAGAAUGUUGGCUUUGUUUGUGGCCUUUGCAAUCAACUUCAUUCUGCUGUUUUACAAGGUGUCCACGUCCUCGGCCGUCUCUGAGGGGAAGGAGGUGUUGUUCAGCUCGUCUUCAGACGCCAGCGUGCGCUGGGAUCCUCUGGGAGGCUCGAGCGCUCGACCCGACGCUGUGCACUUUGUGCUGGAGGAGAGCAGCGGCUACAUGGAGCCCACGCUGAGGAUCUUAGCCAUCCUGCACACCGUCAUCUCCUUCUUCUGCAUCAUCGGCUACUACUGCUUAAAGGUUCCUCUGGUGAUUUUCAAGCGUGAGAAGGAAGUGGCCAGAAAGCUGGAGUUUGACGGUCUGUACAUCACUGAACAGCCCUCGGAGGACGAUAUUAAAGGCCAGUGGGACCGACUGGUCAUCAACACACAGUCCUUCCCAAACAAUUACUGGGAUAAAUUUGUGAAGCGGAAGGUGAUGGAUAAGUAUGGAGAGUUUUAUGGACAUGAUCGGAUCAGUGAGCUGCUCGGGAUGGAUAAAGCUGCGCUGGACUUCAGUGACGCCCAUGGGAAAAAGAAACCAAAGAGAGACAGUUCACUGGCCGCAGGUGUACUGAACUCCAUCGAUGUGAAGUAUCAGAUCUGGAAGCUGGGCGUCGUCUUCACUGAUAACUCGUUCCUGUAUCUGGCCUGGUACAUGAGCAUGUCCAUCCUCGGACACUACAAUAACUUCUUCUUUGCCGCCCACCUGCUGGACAUCGCCAUGGGCUUCAAGACCCUCAGAACCAUCCUGUCCUCCGUCACACACAACGGCAAACAGCUGGUCCUGACUGUAGGUCUGCUGGCGGUUGUGGUCUAUCUCUACACUGUUGUGGCUUUCAACUUCUUCCGUAAAUUCUACAAUAAGAGUGAAGAUGGAGAAUCACCAGACAUGAAGUGUGACGACAUGCUAACGGUGAGCAAACAGCUAAAUCCUCCCCAAAAGUGUUUGAAUGCUGUUAUUUUUGUGCAUGAAGACCUGAAUUGUCUGAUCAUCGAUGCGUUUGGUGAGCUGAGAGACCAGCAAGAGCAGGUUAAGGAGGACAUGGAGACAAAGUGCUUCAUCUGUGGGAUUGGAAACGACUACUUCGACACGGUUCCUCACGGCUUCGAGACGCACACGCUGCAGGAACACAACCUGGCCAACUAUCUAUUUUUCGUCAUGUAUCUCAUCAACAAGGAUGAAACGGAGCACACAGGCCAGGAGUCGUACGUUUGGAAAAUGUACCAGGAACGAUGCUGGGAAUUCUUCCCCGCUGGUGACUGUUUCCGGAAACAAUACGAGGACCAGCUCAAUUAAAACACACACACACACACGGAUGGCUCUUACAGUGGCGAUUCUAUCAGCUGGAACGCUUUCGACACACAGUGAACAUACAACAUUUCUAGCCGCAGCUGAAGAGCCACACUUUCCUGCCAUCCGACGCUUCUUCAUUUCAUCAAUGAACUCACAGACUGAUUGAAGAGGAGGGGAGCAAGACGUCAUGAGCGAACGCUGCACGCUUCUUUAGACGG